AGAAACAGUUUCAUGAUGUCACAAAUGUCUCUGAUUCUGUUGGCGUUGCUAUGUGCAGUGAGAUUCAACACAAUCACUUGCUGCCAUGAGAGGGACCGACGUUCACUUUUAAGCUUCAAACAAGGCGUUGUUGAUCCCUCCAACCGCCUCUCUUCUUGGUCCACUCUCCCAGAUUGCUGCCAAUGGGAUGGAGUUCACUGUGAUCACAACAACAGAGUCGUUUACCUUUAUCUGCCGAACGACUAUUAUUUUGAUCCAAUAAGCAACAAUCAUUCAGAACUACUGAGAGGAGAGAUACCAGAGCAGAUUGGAGAGAUGAAAGAUCUAGAAUCUCUUGAUUUGUCCCACAACAAUCUUCAUGGGAAUAUUCCUCAGGGCAUGUCCGGUCUAUCUUUUCUCGAUGUUUUGAAUCUGUCGUACAACCAUUUCAGCGGCCAAAUUCCACUGGGCACUCAGCUUCAGAGUUUUGAUGCAUGGAGUUACGCCGGAAAUCCUGAUCUUUGUGGGCCUCCUCUUCAAAAGAACUGCACAAUACCAGAUAAUACAGAGAAAGUUGAAGAAAAUGAGGAUGAUGGUUUUUUGAAGUCAUUGUAUCUUGGAAUGGGAGUUGGCUUUGCUGUGGGAUUCUGGGUAGUUUGUGGUUCACUAGUCCUGAACAGAGCAUGGAGGCACUCUUAUUUUCGAUUUUUUAAUGGUGUGGUUGAUCGAAUCUAUGUUAUUGUGGCCAUAAAGCUCCAAAAAUUCCGCUGAAUGGGAAUAUGCUGCAACUCCAGAUUUUCAAGACUC